AUGUAUACUCCAGUUACUCCCGCCUCUAUAUACAUUGACCUAGAAGGUAUGAACCUCGGUCGAGAGGGCCGGAUCUCUAUUAUUCGGAUAUUCUUAUACCCACAUAAUCAUGUCUACUUAUUAGACAUUCGUACUCUCGGGGCCACAGCGUUUAAUCAUGCAACAAAUACGGGCACCACUCUUCGAUCCAUCCUGGAAUCAUUUAUGAUUUCCAAAGUCUUCUUCGAUGUCCAGAACGACUCUGCAACCAUGUUCCAUCAGUAUCAUGUGGAAUUAGCAGGCGUCCAUGACCUUCAGGUUAUGGAGGUGGGCACCAGGGCACAUCCCGGGAAGUACCUGGCCGGGUCUGGGAAAGCUAGCUGGUCAGCCACGAAAGAGAUAGGGAAGACACUCUUCUCACCGCAGCAUGGAGGCUCAUUCGAGGUGUUUGAACUUCGGCCAUUGCCAGAGGCGAUAGUUCAAUACUGUGUACAGAAUGUACUCCUUUUGCCUGAAUUGUGGCACAUAUACAACCAAGCACUUACCCUGGCCUCGAGAGAGAAGGUAGAAGCUGAAGUGAAGAAUAGAAUUAGACAUAGCCAAUCACCGCGGUUCAUUGGGAAGGGGAUCCAUAUGGUCUUAGCUCCCCAACUCUGA